AUGCGCGUCUGUGAUGGAGCCGCGGUGCUGAUGCUGCUUGGAGUCCCGGGGUGGUGGUGGUCCCAUGGUCGGACUGCUGCACCGUGGUGGGCGGGGUUCGGGGAUUUCACCGCAGCAGAGGCAGCAGAGACCAGUUCUCCUACAAGGAUGAUACAGCGGCCCAAGCCCACAGACUCUGAGGUGGACCUGUUGAGGGAGCAGCAGAAGUUCCUGAGCUCCGGAGCCCAGGCAGCGGCCAGUGUGCUGCGCAGACCAGACAAGAGACCGCAGGGUGGGGCUCCAGAGGGGUCGCAGGAGGCUGGAGGCUCACAGAGGGAUGUCGUGUCCAUAGAAGACCUUCCAGAUGAAGUUCCCUCUCUUACACCGGCUCCACCGAAGAAAUCCAGGUUCAAGUCUCACCGCGUGACCUUUGAACCUGAGGACGCAGAGGAGAGACUGGACCGAGAGGACACUCACAUCAGUGCUGUGCUGUCACGAAUCAUUGAAAAAGAUACCAGCUCUGUGCCUGUGUUGCUCCCAGAGUUUACUGGCCUGGCUUUCCCCAAAGUACUCCAUCGCUCUCAACAUUGUGAGGUGCCAGAUGCUUCAGGGCCUGGUCGUAAAAGGAGUAUCUUUGCACGUCAAAUCACUGCUCAAAGAAUAAAAGAGGGAAAGGCUCCAUUAUAUGAUCCAACUUCUCAGCCACAAACCACAAGCAACUCUGCGAUGGACUGUGGCAUAGAUACAGACCAAACUGGCAUGGCGGGCUCCAGGCUGAUUUCGGGCCAGGGUCUCGGAGUGCGAGGUGGCUCUGAGGAGACCGUAAGAAUCCACCUUGAGAACCAGGAAAGACUUCAGAGCAUGUCACAGUCGGUCAUCUUGGACGAGCAGAAGAAACUCCUGUCUCAACUUGACCCACGGCUUGUGCAGUUUGUAAAAUCGCGCACCGCCCAUUCCGUUCCCCCCUCUGCAACAGCACCUCACCCACCUGAAGACCAGAGCACCCUUCCUGAUGUUGAUGUGGAGAUGGAGCCAGAGCAACAACCUGAAGCUGAGCCACCGCUGAAGCCUCAUAAAGACUGGGUGCACAUGGACAAGGUUGAGCCGGAGAAGCUGGAGUGGAUGAGAGACUUACCUCCACCAAGAAAAAAGGGAACUAACAAAGCCAUGCAGGCACGCUUCGAUUUUGUGGGGACAGUGAUCCCACCCACACAAGACCUGCCCACCCACCUGGGUCUGCAUCACCACGGAGAGGAACCAGAGCGUGCAGGAUAUUCUCUACAGGAACUUUUCUUGCUUUCUCGAAGUCAAAUGAUGCAGCAGAGGACUUUGGCUCUCAGCACUCUGGCAAAUAUUAUUUCAAAGGCGCGGUGUGGUGCGUACCGCUCCGGGCUGCAGGGCUCGGUGCUCUCCUCUCUGCUGGAUGCUGGCCUGCUCUUCCUGCUGCGCUUCUCCCUGGAUGACAGCGUGGAGAGCGUCAUGUGUGCGGCGCUACAUGCUCUCCACGCUCUCCUCGUGCGUGCUCCGGAUGAAGCAUGCAUAGACAACACUUUCUCCUGGUUCAAUGGCAUGUCCACAUUUCCUCUCUUGCCAUUGCCUGAGGAAGAUGAUGAGGAUGAAGAUGAGCCCCUAAAAGAGGCCAAAGAAAAGGGCGAUGAGAAGAGUGACUAUGAGACGGCGCGGCAGGAUGUUGUGAAGGGUUUACUAAAAAUGAAGCUUCUCCCUCGAAUGCGAUACAUUUUGGAGGUUGUCCGUCCAUCUCCUCACGUCAUUCAGGAAAUAAUGGGAAUUAUCAUCCGGCUUGCAAGGCACUCCACUCCCUCCGCUACUCAGGUGUUGGAGUGCCCUCGUCUGAUUGAGGUGGUUGUGCGUGACUUCCUCCCUCCCUCUUGGUCGACCCCCACCUCUGCUCCCCCUCAGUCUGCGUAUGGAGUCCCUCAAAGCUGUGCACUGAAGCUGCUCAGAGUGCUGUCCACGGCUGGCAGACACCUCUGUGCUAGAAUAUUGAAUUCUUUUGGGAUGAAGGAGCGCCUCGCCUGCCUGCUCAGUGCGGAGCCUGGUGACCUGCUGCUGGAGGAGGCUGAGGCCAUAAGGAUUAGCACUGAGGCCUAUAGGAUGUGGGCUGUGGCUGCCCGCUAUGGACAGGCCUGCGACUUAUACAUCGAUCUGUACCCAGCCCUUAUCAAGUCCCUCCAGUGUUCUGGGCCCUUACUCCCAUCUGAGCGGCUCUUACCUGAGCGGCUCCAGAGGUUGCAGGCCCUGGUUUGUCUGCUCACUCAGAUCACUCACACAGCUGGAUGUCACCAGGAGCUGCAGGCUGCAAUGCUCAGUUCUGGAGAUGAAGAGUGCCUGCCCCCUCCCCCUGUGUGCUGGGAGCAUGUCUCUGGACUUCAGCAGACCUUGGUGUCUCAUUUGAAAGGCUUUGUGAAAGGACUUGAUGAUGAGGCCCAGAGAGAGAUCAGCCUGACUCUCAUUCCUGCUUACCUAGUCUACCUACAGGCUUAUUACCACCAACUGUCUCGGCAGAAGAGCUUCAGUCCUGUGCAAACCCUGGAGGAACUAGAAAAAUUGUCAUCAGAGCUCACCCUUCUUCUGUCUCAUCGUGCGGUACAAGGCCUCUUUAAGAAUCUAAAGUCUCUCUCUGUAGUGUGUAAUGCUCUCAAGGACCAUUCUGACACCACAGCCAGUCUGCCUGCUCUUUCUUGUCCCAGAGAGCAGGACUCUCCGUCCCCUCUCCCUCUGCUGACAGGACUGGCCCUCCUGCUGGACACAGUCACAACCAUCCACAAAGGACUCGCACCAAAGUUCACAGCUCUUCUCUCGGAGCCUGUUCUUGAGUACAUCAGCGGUGCAGCUCAGGCCACGCCCCCCAUGUCUCUCAGUACAGCCUGGCUCCUGCGUCACGAGCACCUUCUCCUGUACCUGCUGCUGCGGCUGGCAAACAAAAUGUUUCCCUUUGAUCCAGAAUUUGCCAAAAGAACCCCACUCUUCCACCAGAUGGCGCUGGUGCUGUUGUCUUGGCUUUUACCAGGAUUUGAGUUUUUGGCACACGAGCUUCUCUCAAACAUCAUCUUUACAAAGUCUUUCAUACCUGAAAGCCACAGUGGAGGACCAGAGGCGGUGGAACUGGAGGAGCUGCGGCUUCAGGAAGAAGGUCCCAGCUGUAAUAAAGCCAUCGGCCCUCUGCUCAGGGCGGCCUGUGCUCAGUUACCCUCUAUUCGCGCCUGUUUCCUGACUCAACUGGCCCAUUUGGAGCCAGCUGUGGUCGCUUCCAGGAACUCGCUUCUUGGACAAACCCCCUGGAUCACAUCUCAGUUCCUCCCAGAACUUAAUGGUCCCGCUCUGCCGUCUGACUGGCCCUACCUUCCCCUAGUGAGCCUCUAUGAGCGGGCUGGGGUGUGUGGAGGCGGGGGGCUAUCUGUGCAGGAGCUACCCCCAGGAGCUCUGAUGGCUGCGACUCAUUGUCUUCAGUGGCUCCUGAUGCUGGAGGUCUGGAGAGAGAAGGCUCUAAAGGUGAUUCCGCCUGUAGCCAAGCUGGCCCGAUUGUCCUGCGUGUUCCUCUGCUCCAGUGACCUUUUCCUCGAGAGACCUAUUCAAAGUCACACCUGGGCUUUGUUCCAGCUGCUCACCAGAGCAUCCAGACUGAACUCUCUGGACCUGAGCAUCCCACCUCCAGGCCAGGCCUCCUUCCAGGACCUGUACUCUGCCCUGCUGGCUCAGUAUGAGGCUGUGUCGUUUGGGAACCCGCUGUUUGGCUGCUGGAUGCUGUUGCCUUUGCAGCGGCGGUACAGCGUGGCUCUGAGACUGGCUGUGUUUGGAGAGCAUGUGGGGAUGCUCCGCUCACUCGGCGUCACUAUGGGACAGCUGUCCCUCCCCCUGGAGAACUUCACGUCCCCCCCGGAGGACUGCCUGGCCCUGCUGCGCCUGUACUUCCGCUGCCUCCUCACCGGGGUUCUGAAGCAGCGCUGGUGCCCGGUCCUCUACGUGGUCGCACUCUCUCACCUCAACUCCUUCAUGUUCUCCCAGCAGGCGGCCGCUCAGGAGGUGGAGGCCGCACGUGUCAGUAUGCUCCGGAAAACUUUCUACCUGACAGACGAGGUGUUGAAAAAACACCUUCUGUUGUUCCGUCUGCCACAGUCAGACUGUGGCUUCGAGCUGUACGAGCAGCUGCCUCCCAUCAGGACCAGGCGCCUGGAACAAGUCGUGGGUCCACAAGAGUCCUGCCACAGAGCCCUGAGUGAGAGGUUGAGAAACACCGAAUGUGAAGUCAGCAGCACAUUAACUCUGAAUGCCGACUCUGAAUACGACAACAAACCCCUGCAGGAGGAAGAGGAGCGCUGCAGCUUCAUCAUCCUCAUCCUCAUCCUCGGUAUCAGCAUCAGUGAGAGAGAGGAGAGAGUGGAGAGAGAAGAGACAGAGGAGCCGCUUCUCCCGCAGCGCUUCAUCCAUGUGGACGCGCAGAAAGUGGACACAGCCAUGGAACAUUUACCCGGGUGGGCUGCCCUGCUCUUCGGCGCGUUCGCGAUAGUGACCAAGUCGAGCCAGGCCCUGGACCACCUGCUGGAGCAGUCCUUCUACAACCCGCUGGACUCAGACCUCAGCUACUUCUCCUCGUGUGAUUUCGAGUCCACGUGCCUCUGGACCUUCUCAAACCACAGCAAGAAGAGCGACUGGGCUGUAGUGUCUGCAGACCAGACAGCGUCCAGGCCCCACGCUGACCACUCUCAGGGCUCGUCCAAGGGCCACUUCUUGGAGCUGAGGCCCUCUCCCGGUCAAUGUGAGUACUUCCUGACCAGUCCAGUCCUGCCCUUUAGCUCCGAGCUCUGCAGCCUGCGAGUGGCGUUAUCAGACGGGGCCUUGAUGGCGGGGAAUCUCAGUCUCUCCAUCUCACCUGUGCACUCUGGCCGCAGCCCCACGCCUCUCCUCAUCCACUCAGACAGCAGCAGGGGUCAGUGGGAGGAGUUGGAGGCCGUGGUGGGCAGGAUGGAUCAGCCGUUCCUGGUCACUCUGUCGUAUGUGUCGUGCGAGGCCGCGGGCAGCACUGUGGCUCUGGACUCUCUGGAGUUCCAAAACUGUGAAGAUCAGCCGCUGUCGGAGCUGAACGGUGCGUGUGGGGAAUCCUUCCAUUGCGACGCCACCGGUGACUGUGUGGAGCCGAGCCGCGUGUGUGACUUCCACACUGACUGCGCCUUCGGAGAGGAUGAAGGCUUCAUCUGUGGUGCCCUCCCUCUGGGCUCCUACUGUUCCUUCGAGCUGGAUGAAUGUGGCUGGUCUGUGUCCACGCUGCGGUCCCACUGGAGGAGAGUGUCCGCUGAUAAUCUGGAGCCUAAGGAGCAUCAGGGAGAAGCACUGCUCUCCACUCCAGGGCACUUUCUGUUUUUGCAGGUCAGAGAGAGCGGUGCAGCCAGAGAAGCGUCAGUCAUCAGCCCACAGUUCCCUGCUCCGGUCUCCUCCACUGACUGCCAGAUGUACUUCUCCCUGUACCUCUAUGGAGACUUCAAUGGGACCCUGGUGGUGGCCAUAGAGGAGAUAGAGACAGCUAACAGUCCGCUGGUGUGGGAGAGGAACGGCCCCUGGACAGACGACUGGGACCAUGUUGUUCUGCAGCUGACGGGGAUUGAGCACAGGUUUCAGAUCAAGGUCAGUGCCUUGUGGGCUCCGGGUUCCGAGGCUGACGUUGCCCUGGACUUCAUCUCUCUCGGAGCAGCCUGCUUCUACACAGAUGUGAACGAGUUGGGGCCUGUAGCAGAUCUGGGGGAUCUCCUGAGCCCUCUGCCUGAACCCUCAGACUCAGAAGUUCCAGUUUUGACAUGGUUCUUCAACUCGUGCGGGGCCAGCGGUCCACAUGGCCCCACCCAGACCCAGUGCGACACCACCUACAGGAACAAGAACGUCAAUGUCACUGUGGGGAAGGAUGGAGCUCUGAAAGGCGUCCAGAUGUGGAGGGUCCCGGCCACAAACAGAUACCGGAUCACAGCAUACGGAGCCGCAGGCGGAAAGGGAGCCAAAAAUCACAACAAGCGAAGCCACGGGGUCAUCAUUUCGGCCAUGUUUGCGCUGGAGAAAGGAGACACGCUGUACAUCUUAGUGGGCCACCAGGGAGAGGACGCGUGCCCAGGGAGGAACCAGAAGACGCAAAGGAUCUGUCUGGGGGAGUCCUCUGUGAUAGAAGAUAACCUGAGUGGGGGGGCGGACGCUGAGCUGGCAGGAGGCGGAGGAGGUGGCGGUGGUGCCACGUACAUCUUUAAGAUGGUGGGGGCUGACAUGGUGCCUCUGCUGGUGGCAGCGGGCGGAGGAGGGAACGCUUACCUGGAGGACCCUGAGUCCAGCGCCGACCAGGUCCCACUGGAGCAGUUUGAGAACAGCACCAGCGCCCCCAGCAGCAGCGGCCGAACAGGGGCUGCAGGUGGAGGUGGGGGCUGGAGCGGUGGCCUGAGUCCAUAUCCACAGGCAGGACAGUCCCUUGUAGACGGGGCCAUGGGGGGGUCUGCUUGUCCUUCGGCUCUGUCUAUACUCAACUGGGCCACGUACGGGGGCUUUGGGGGUGGAGGAGGCGCAUGCACUGCAGGAGGAGGAGGAGGGGGCUACAGAGGAGGAGAUGCUGCUGUGACUGACAAGAUCUUGGCUGAUGGUCAAGCUGGGAUCUCGUUCAUCCACCCCACGGGACAGAUGUUCCUGCAGCCGCUGGCAGUCAUGGAGAGUCAUGGUGAGUGUGAGAUCAAAGUGCAGCCCAACUGUAGCCGCUGUCAGACGCAGGACUGUAGACAGGACGAAGAGACUCGUGAGAUCGUCUGUUUCUGCCAUGAUGGUGAGGUCAUAGCCCAGGACAACGUGACUUGCAUCAGUGUUGGAGCAGCUCCUCAGAAGCCCGUCCCACACAGCCCCGUCCCUCAGAGCCACAUGUCAGUGUCUUUGAUUCUGGCUGUGGUGGCUUCCACUGUGGCCUGUGGCAUCGCUCUGAUCUGUGCCGGAGUCAUCCUCAGCUCUAUCAUCAGUACCACCCCAUCACCCACCACCUCCUCCCUGAGGAGCACCUGUCCCCAGACUCCCACCUGCAUCAGGGAUGUUGUCGCUGCCUCAGCGGCGGUGUGGUACAGACGAAAGAGUGACCUGCACGCGGUCAGAGGACGACUGCAGAGUCCAGAGUACAAUCUCAGUAAGAUCCGCUCCUCCACCAUCAUGACAGACUACAAUCCCAACUAUUGCUUUGCCGGCAAGAUCACCUCCCUCUGUGAGCUGCAGGAGGUCCCUCGGAAAAACAUUACACUUCUCAAGGCUCUGGGUCACGGGGCGUUUGGAGAAGUGUAUGAGGGACAGCUCCUGGGGAUGAGUGCUGAUAAUAGCCCCAUGCAGGUGGCGAUAAAGACCCUUCCUGAGAUCUGCUCAGAGCAGGACGAGAUGGACUUUCUGAUGGAGGCUCUGAUCAUGAGUAAGUUCAGUCAUGAGAAUAUCGUCCGCUGCAUCGGAGUAAGCCUGAACAUCCUGCCUCGCUUUAUCCUGCUGGAGCUGAUGACAGGGGGAGACAUGAAGAGCUUUCUGAGACAACACAGGCCCAGAUCUGGCCACACCUCCUGCCUCACCAUGACCGAGCUGCUGCGCAUGGCCCGCGACAUCGCCUGUGGCUGUAGGUACCUGGAGGAGAACCACUUCAUACACAGAGACAUCGCUGCUCGUAACUGCCUGCUCACCUGUGAGGGGCCUGAGCGUGUGGCAAAGAUUGGAGACUUUGGCAUGGCCCGGGACAUUUAUAGGGCCAGCUAUUAUCGAAAAGGAGGCCGAGCCAUGCUGCCAGUCAAAUGGAUGCCCCCAGAGGCUUUUAUGGAGGGAAUCUUCACAUGCAAGACUGAUACCUGGUCGUUUGGAGUGCUGCUCUGGGAAAUCCUCUCUUUAGGAUACAUGCCGUACCCUUGUAAAACCAACCAGGAGGUUCUGGAGUUUGUCACCAGUGGAGGCCGUAUGGACCCUCCAAAAGGAUGCCCCGGACCUGUUUAUCGGAUCAUGACCCAGUGCUGGCAGCACUGUCCAGAACACAGGCCUAACUUUUCUACAAUUUUGGAAAGAAUCAACUACUGCACUCAGGACCCAGAUGUGAUCCACACUCCUCUCCCAGUGGAGUAUGGCCCUGCCCAGGAGGAGGAUGCAGUGACGCGUCCCUCUGUGCAUCCCUCUUCCAGCCUCACACCUUUGUUGUCUGUGACCCCUGCCUCUACACAGUUCACCAAACCUCAGGUGCUCCAUCACACAGGCCAACUCCUCCAUCAUGAGGCCAUAGAGGUGCCCCCCAGAGGGGCCUGGCCACAGCCUGAAACACAGAUCCAACCACACUCUGGAAACAACGCUGCCUCAGGAAGUCAGAGACUCAAGAACAAGUCCAAGAACUUGUGGAACCCCACCUAUGGCUCCUGGGUUCUGGGGAGUUUCAGGGGGAAGAAAGCUCUGGCCCACACUCAGUCCAUGCCCCUGUCUACCAUCAGCUGUCCUCCACACACCUGCAGCUCUGAAGGCACUGACACCACCUGUGAUGGGGCCAGUAGUCUGCACGUUGGGACCUCCACUGUGCUCGCCCAUAGGCUCCCUGAGGGGGCCUCAAGCAGCUCCAAAGGAGGGAUGGGCCUGGCCAAACUCGAGAGCUUUCCCUGCGGCAAUGUCAACUACGCAUACGACGGGCAAAGCAGUGAGUCUGAGAACCGGCCGUUGGCAAAGGCCGGGGCCCCAGAGGCCAGGACCAGCAGUUCUCUGACUGUGUCUUUGGGAAGUGGCUUAGGACUGGGGCUCCAGAGCGCAGCCACAGCACCCAAACUGUUCCUGAAGAGGCACGCCAGCUACGGACAUGAGGACGUGAGGAGACACACUAAAGCUGACAAACCGCCCCGCGACCGGGACUCAGGAUUUUCUUUGUCAGAAGACCUCAGCGUAAACCCAAUCUAA